GACUUGGCUGGCCGGUUAGUUCCAGUUGAGAUUCCAUCCGAAGAAAGUCGUUCCUUAUUAUUCAAUGUGAUAAUGCAUUCGGGUGUGCAACGUUCAUUGAUAGUUUUGGUGCUGGUUGCUGGAACUGCAUGGGGUGCUGCAGUUCCCUGUGAUUUGGGAUCCGCGGGUCCAGAGGUAGCAUCCAAGGAAUGGCAACCUAGAACUCCGGAACAGACUCUAUACGCCUACGUUCGUUGUCUGAACGACUCAUCAGCCAGUAUAGAUAUGAAGAUUCGAUGGGUCCGAUGGCAACCGGAUGCUUCGGCCGAAAGUCAGUGCUACGUCAAAUGUGUCAGUGAAGAGCUACGGCUUUAUGACUCUGAGCGACAUCAGUUCAAUCCGGAACGAUUUAUCAAACAAGCCGAGGCUUUCUCUUACGCUGAUCAGGAAGAACUACAGAAGUUACGGGUGAAUGCCGAAUCGAUGCUAUCUGGAGCACUUCCGGAUAGUUCCUGUGAAACUGUUUUCAUGAAGUAUGGUCCUUUCUACGUUACCCAUAUGAACACGAUCUUGAGAAUGUUCCAUGGAGACUACAGAGAUCUACCCAAAACCUACCAGACAUUAGGUCCUCACGUAAAGCAGAUUGGUCAAACUUUUAUCAACUACUGUGUCAGUGAAAAUGAUGGAAGCACCAAUAUCUGGAGCGAAGAUUCCGACCACAGUGGAUGUCCUUCAACGGCUUUGGUGGAUUGCAUCUUCCGCGGAUUCAGAUGGAUCACCGAGGAAGGUCGUGUCAAUGCCAACGAAAUUGUUCGCGAUUAUCGGGCAGCCGGGUUUGAUGAUGAAAGUGAUCUUUGUGGUUCGAUCCAGUCCGGCACCGGGGAGCUGUAUCGCUGUCUACGUGAUAAGGACCACGAAAAACUGGCCAAGGUGAUAAGAGAACGGGAUCAACGGACGGCGUUCUACUUCGAUGCUAGUUCCCAGGAAGAACCGUGGAAGUCCGCGGUUGAGUUUGCUACCAAUUUGGUGUAGAUUGUUUGAAGUACACAAGAACUGAAUUAAAAUACUAACUUGCAAACUGUGUGUCUUUAAA